AGCUGAGCCUGCCAUGGUCAUAUUCUACGUCGUGCUGAAAACUACGUUGUUGCAUGUUACAACUUCCGACGACGCUGAGAUCUGCACGGUCUUUCAGGACCUCAAAUCCGGAUCAGAAAUAGCGCGUCAGAUGUUGGGUAGAACAACGUUUGAUCAAUACGAGUACUAUAAGCUCAAAGACUCCGUGCCACUCCCCCUCUGCUUCUCAAACCGCGCAGCGAUCGUCCAGACGUGCCUGGAUAGGAGGGAAUGGGAAGAAUUGUCUCCCUAUGAUGUCUUGGAUGUACGAGCGUCGAAUUUAGCCAUUAGACAUGUCUACAUGGUCAUCCAGCCUCGGGCGGAUCCAGCAGAGACAGUUAUUCGAGAUCUCAAAGCAAAUUAUGCAGAUAUAUUUAGUCGCCUGCAGAUCACGUUAUCCAGCCUGCAAAACUGGACAAUGGCGGACGUCCGCAAUAACUUGGCCGGUGGCGGGUGGUGGCGUCCCGACGAUGUACGUGGUGAUGAAUUUCCCGUCGCAAUCUCUGGAAUAGAGGAAGCGUUGGCGCAAUCCCGUACCUAUAAUGUCCCGGCAGCCCGAGAGAUCAGGGACUAUCGGAAUGCUCUCUCCUACACUACACAAUUUAACAAGAUCUUUACGUUGGCUGCGAACCAAUCGGGCGAGGAUUCCCACCGGGAAUUCGCAACGUUUUUCAAUGUCCUUCGGUGCUUUGGCGAGGACUCAGAUCGCAUUGAGAGCGAUGGAUCCUCCGCCCUGAAGGCCAGCAACUUCAUUGUGUAUUUUAUAUCACCGCCGUUCUUUGCCCGUCGCAGCCCACAUUUCGAAUUCAGUCAGGAGAAGCCUUGGGGCUUCCCCAUAUUCCUCGGUACUCCAGAUCUGCCCGAUGCUCGGUGCAAAUUUCGCCCAAGGAGCGAUUUCAUGGUUUCGUUGCCAAAGUUUCUUUGCCCGUUCUUAAUCUCCGAGGUGGUUUCGCAGGAAAAGGAGGAAGAUCGAUACCGAAUGCUGCUCCAAGCCAUCGCCGUUGCGAGGGCAGGGCAGUACUUGAUUCGUGAAGGUGCACCAGUACACUUUUUCGUCGUGGCAAUUUAUCUACGGGCAGAUUUGACUGUAGAAAGAUAUGUAGUUGCUAAUAUUGGACCGCAAAGACAGAUUUCCAUUGCCCAGAAAGAUUUUAAACUUACCACGGCAGAUGGUGCGGUCGCAUUUCUUCGUGAGAUGUACAACCUCGUGGCAAUACUUGAGGAACUGGCCGAGCAUCUUGACCAAGGCAAGGAGGGCAGCCUUAGUGAAGUCAAAGACGCUGCUUCCAAGUUACUCUCCCUCACAAUGGCCAAAGAGAGGGAGCCGGUCCGGUCGGUGUUGCCCCCAAUACCUGAGGGCGGUGGAAAUGGCCAGGCCCAAGGUGAUCUCGGCGUCUUUAGUGCUGAUGAUAUCCAAGUUAUUUUGAGAAGGAUGAAUUACAAGAUCAACUUUAUUCUUUUCGGGUAUCUACUCAUCGCGUCUGUUUCGAAUGUUACUCACGAGGCCGAGAAGGGAUACCUGAAGUUCGUGCAAGAAGGGCGGAAGGAAAUUGAAAUCUUGCAAUACCUCACAGGAAUCAGUUCUCCUGCAAACCAUACCAUAUCUGGAGUCCGAAUCUGGCCUGUGCGAGGCGGCAACGUCAUAUCGAUGCCUGUGGCUGGCGGCUGGCUUACGAUGCUAAACAACCCUGAUGUGCACCUGUGGUCCGUAGCUAAACAGCUGUUCGAAGCCGUCGACUUCAUGCACCAACACGGUGUGGCGCACAUGGAUCUGAAACCGCAAAACAUUUUGAUCCCUCGCGACGGCGGACAUCUGUCUAUCAUCGACUUCAACACCUCCUUGCGCGUCAAGGGUGUUGGACACAAGUUCGGUGGCAUCGUGGGCACAACCGGGUAUAUUUCCCCCGAGGUAGCUGCUGGUAAUGGCCUCUACAGUGCGAUCCGUGCAGACUUGUGGUCCUGUGGAAAGACAUUAGAGGAGCUGUGUAUCAAGUGCCACCCAUCCAUGGAUCGCGAUACGCUGCUCGAGAUAUCUCGACAACUUAUGGAUGAAGAUCCGGAAAAGCGACCAACGAUGUCGGAUGUGUUGGGCCGGCUGGCCCGUUGUACUGUUGACGCUACCACCACACCAGAUUCCCUAAGGUAAUGUGCUUCUCUUGCGGCAUGCAUUUACUUGUUCUGGGCAGUUUCUACUCUGUUGCCCCACCGGAAGUGAAUGCAUGAAUGCAAUACCGGAUGUAUACCAGGUCAUAUUUUAUUUAUUUUGUAAAUUGUUUGUAUGGACCCAGAAGUAACUGGUAGCCGCGACUCAGUUACGGAAACCUGCUUGCAAUGGUGUUGUCCAUCUCGUUGAUCUAUAUCAGAUAGCCAUAAGUCGUUCAUGUCCAUGUCGAACAGCGCCUCGAACGCAGCUGGACCAUGCCUAUGGGAUGGGAAGACUAGGAUAUAUGCGGAAUAGCGAGAUGCCUGUGUCAGAGCGCUAAAUACGGCAC